AUGAGCGAUGGCAUGUGGAUCUCGCUCAGCCCCACCGAGUUUGCCCAGCUCCAGCAGUACACAGACUACUCCACUAAGAAGCUCAAGGAUGUCCUGGAGGAGUUCCAUGGGGACGGCGUCCUCUCGAGGUACAACCCCGAACAGCCCAUCGACUACGAGGGCUUCCGCCUGUUCAUGAAGACGUACCUGGAGGCAGAUGUGCCUGAGGAGCUCUGCCAACACCUCUUCACCUCCUUCAAGCGUAAGAUAUGCCAAGCCUCCCCCGAGACCCAGCGCCAGAGCCCCGGUGUCUCCCAGCACAGCACCCUCGGGAUCAAUGGGAAAGUGCUUCGAAGUGCCCUGGGACGACACACUCCUGAGCCCAAGAGCUGCCACAGCAACGUGGCUGAGCUGCAGCCAGUAUCCCUCACACCAGCAUCGAUCCCCAAUGCCUCCCCCAGCUGGUCCAGAUCAUCCUCCCAGAAGUCCACCACCGGCACCACUUCUGCUCACAACUCCUCAGGCUCUUCAAGGAUCUCCUCCGUGUCUCUGCUCAGCCCUCAGUCACCAGGCACGAGGGGCGUGGAGAAGAGGUUACCCUUCAGCCUGCGGAAGAGCCCCAGCUCCCUGAAAGCCACCCCCCCUCCACCCCCCACCGCCCUGGCCCAGGUGGUCCACCUGAAGGACAUUGUCUGCUACCUGUCACUGCUGGAGAGGGGACGAGCAGAGGACAAGCUGGAGUUUAUGUUUCGCCUCUACGAUACUGAUGGAAACGGCCUCCUGGACAGCUCGGAGCUGGAUCGUAUCAUCAACCAGAUGGUGCACGUGGCUGAGUACCUGGAGUGGGACUCCACUGAGCUGAAACCCAUCUUGAAGGCGAUGAUGGAGGAGAUAGAUUAUGAUCACGAUGGGACUGUGACGCUGGAGGAAUGGAUCCGGGGUGGCAUGACCACCAUCCCCUUGCUGGUCCUUCUGGGGAUGGAGACGAAUGUGAAGGAUGAUGGGCAGCAUGCCUGGAGGCUGAAGCACUUCAAGAAACCUGCCUACUGCAACUUCUGCCGCACCAUGCUGCUGGGGGUCCGCAAGCAGGGCCUCUGCUGCUCCUUCUGCAAGUAUACAGUCCAUGAGAGGUGUGUGUCCAAAGAGAUUGCCUCCUGCAUCAGUACCUACGUUAAAUCCAAGAGAAACACAAGCGUGAUGCAGCACACCUGGAUCGAGGGCAAUUCCCCCGUCAAGUGCGACAGAUGUCACAAGAGCAUCAAGUGCUACCAGGGCAUCACCGGCCUGCACUGCGUCUGGUGCCAAGUCACCCUCCACAACAAGUGUGCCUCCCAUGUGAAGCCAGAGUGUGAUGGGGGCCCACUGCGGGACCACAUCUUGUUGCCAUCCUACAUCUGCCCGGUUGUCCUGGACAGGCAGUCCCACUGCCGACGAUCAGAGAGCGACUCCCCUGCCAGCACCACCCCCGAGGACACCCAAGGCUUCAAGUUCAACUCCACCACAGUUGAUGGGCAAGGGCUGCAGAUCAGCCCCCGGCCCGGGACACACCCACUCCUGGUGCUUGUGAACCCCAAGAGCGGAGGAAGGCAAGGGGAGCGAGUCCUUCGGAAGUUUCACUACCUGCUCAACCCACGCCAAGUGUACAACCUGGACCGCGGCGGGCCCGCGCCAGGGCUGAACUUCUUUCGGGACACUCCAGAUUUCCGUGUGCUGGCCUGCGGAGGGGACGGCACGGUGGGUUGGAUCCUGGACUGCAUAGAUAAGGCGAACCUGGUGAAGCACCCGCCGGUGGCUGUCCUGCCCCUGGGAACGGGCAAUGACCUGGCACGGUGCCUGCGCUGGGGAGGAGGCUAUGAAGGAGGCAACCUGAUGAAGGUCCUGAAAGACAUUGAGCACAGCACGGAGGUGAUGCUGGACCGCUGGCAGAUAGAUGUUAUUCCCAGUGACAGGGAGGCCAAUGGAGAUCCCGUCCCAUCCACUAUCAUCAACAACUACUUCUCCAUUGGGGUGGACGCCUCCAUCGCCCACCGCUUCCACAUCAUGCGAGAGAAGCACCCUGAGAAAUUCAACAGCAGGAUGAAGAACAAGCUGUGGUACUUCGAAUUCGGAACAUCGGAGACCUUUGCAGCCACCUGCAAGAAGCUCCACGACUAUGUUGAGGUGGAGUGUGACGGGACCCUGCUAGACCUGAGCAACAUGUCCCUGGAGGGCAUCGCUGUCCUCAACAUCCCCAGCAUGUACGGAGGCUCCAACCUCUGGGGCGAGACCAAGAAGCAGCGUGGUUACAACCGGCUGGGCAAGAAGGCGCCGGAGAAGGUGCCCGGCACGGUGGUCACCGAUGCCAAGGAGCUGAAGUUCUGCGUGCAGGACCUCAGUGACCACCUCCUGGAGGUGGUGGGGCUGGAGGGUGCAAUGGAGAUGGGGCAGAUCUACACGGGGCUGAAGAGCGCGGGGAAGAGACUGGCCCAGUGUUCCUCUGUCACUAUCAGGACGUCCAAGCUGCUGCCCAUGCAGGUGGAUGGGGAGCCCUGGAUGCAGCCAUCCUGCACUGUCAAAAUUACACAUAAAAGCCAGGUGCCAAUGCUGCUGGGCCCGCCCCAGAAGAGCAGCUUCUUUUUCCUGAGGAGGAGAAGCCGAACUCGGGAUUAAACAGUAUCCAAGGAGCCAUAGCCUGGAGGUUUCUGGCAUUCCAGCCACCGCCUGCUGCAGGGGGUCCCCAAAUCCCAAUUCUGCUGCUGGGACAGAAACUCCCCCUCCAAACCCAGCAGGGAUUAUUUAUCCUGGGAGGAUCUUGGAGGCUCCUUCCCAACCACCUCAAGCAUCUUCUCCAUCUGGGAUGGAAACAGUGGGUGAAGGCAGACUGGCAUACAGGGAGCACAUUUGCUGGAGCAGCACUAGGACUGGGAUUUUUUUUUUCCCUUUAUUUAAAUACCCCCCAGCCGAGCUGCGAGUGAACAUGUUCCUGAGGCAAUGCCAAGCUCCACUUAUUUAUUUUUCACCCUCCUGAAGGCCAUUGGAUGUCUUGCUGUACUGGCUCUCUGUCCUCCAACCCUUGCAAUGGGAGGAUUAUUUAUUUCCUUAAACUAGAGGAGCCGUCUCAGCCACUCACCUCUCUGCUGUGGGGUUUAAGAGAGAUGCAAAGAGCCAUUGGUGCCAGCCUUGUGAGCCACAAGGCAUGGGACAGGCUGGGGACUGACCGUGCACAGGGACAACUGUGGGGUGGAUGGGGGGAGACUGUUUUGAUGGGGAAAUGGCAAAAAAAGGAAUUUUGGGGGGAGCUGCCAAUCCUGGGAAACCCCUGUGCCCCAGCUCUGGGCUUCAUGUUCAUAUUUAUGUAUUUAUUUAGCAAACUUUGGUGGAACUUUGGGGGGUCACCUUUUUAUGAGCCCAGGUUGGACACAGAUACCACCCCCCUUCUCUGCUGACUGUCCACCAUGGCACCUCCUUCCACAUGGACUUUCCUCUCUCCUAAAGCCUGCCAGCCAGCACCAGGGGCUGGGGACCCUGGGGAGAGACAUACAGCAGCUCUUCUCACUUGGAGGUGUCCUUGCUACUUUUCGACACAUCUGCCCAUGUGCUUCAUCA